AUGGCAGCGGUUCUAGUGCGGGAGGAAGGGAAGGUUCAGCAACCAAUUUACUUCGUGAGCAAAGCACUGCAAGGAGCAGAAUUGAGAUACAGCAAAUUAGAGAAGUUGGCACUUGCACUUCUAACCUCUUCCCGUAGAUUACGACAGUACUUCCAAGGUCAUCAGUAUGACUUGCAAUAUGAACCCAGGCACGCGAUAAAGGCACAGGCCAUGGCCGACUUCUUGGUAGAAGUAACAGGGGACUCAGUCGAGACAACGAGCAUACGGUGGAGGCUCCACGUAGACGGGGCCUCCAACCAGACGUUUGGAGGUGCCGGGAUCAUCCUAGAGAGCCCCACUGGAAUCAUAUACGAACAGUCGAUCAAGUUCGAGUUCCCGGUAUCAAACAAUCAGGAGGAGUACAAGGCCCUCCUGGGCGGCUUAAUCUUAGCACAGGAAGUCGGAGCCACCAGGCUAGAAGUAUGUAGUGACUCGCAGGUCAUCACUUCUCAGGUAAAUGGGACCUACCAAGCUAGAGACUCCCUGUUACAGAAGUAUCUGAAGAAGGUCAAAGAGUUGAGCAAACAAUUCGAGGAGGGUUUGGUAAAGGAGCCAGCAGUCACCCUCCAUUUGACAAAGAGAGAUCCCUCCUGGAUGGACCCGAUAACUGACUUUUUAGAAAGCGGCAAGCUCCCUGACGAUGACAAGACAGCCAAAACGUUGAGAAAGGAGGCGGCCAAAUACGCGACCAUACAGGGACAGUUGUUUAGAAAGGGACUCAGCCAACCCUUGUUGAAGUGCCUACACCCCGACCAAGCGAACUAUGUGCUCAAGGAGGUCCAUGAGAGGUGCUGCAGUCAUCACAUCGGGGGCAAAGCCCUAGCAAGAAAGCUCAUCAGAGCUGGUUAUUACUGGCCAUCGAUGAUGAAGGACUCCAAAGAAUUCGUAAGGAAAUGCGUCAAGUGUCAGGAGAACACUAAUUUCCCUAAGGCGCCGGCUUCCGAGCUAAGCCUGUUGACGUCUUCCCGACCUUUCUCACAGUGGGGAGUCGACCUCUUGGGACCUUUCCCAGUUGGUCUGGGGCAAGUCAAGUAUCUCAUAGUUGCUAUUGACUACUACACCAAGUGGAUAGAGGCUGAGCCACUGGCCAAUAUAUCCUCGUCCAAUUGUCGAAAGUUUAUGUGGAGACAGGUGAUAACUCGAUUCGGCAUCCCGAAAGUCAUUAUCUCUGAUAAUGGGACGCAGUUCACUGACAAGAAGUUUGUAGAGUUCCUCGCCGAUUUGGGCAUAAAGCAAAAGUUCUCAUCUAUAGAGCAUCCCCAGACGAACGGCCAAGUUGAGGUCGCAAACAAGAUCAUCUUGCUAGGCCUCAAGAAGCGGCUUGAUAAUAAAAAGGGUGCAUUGGCUAACGAACUCGCCUCAGUUCUCUGGUCUUACCGAAUGACCGAGCAAUCGUCCACAGGAGAAAUCUCUUUCCGCCUGACAUACGGGGUAGAUGCUAUGAUACUCGUGGAGGUCGGCGAGCCGAGCCCACGAUUACUUCUGGAGGGAGUGGAGGAAGCUGUAGAGAAGGACCUAGUAGAUGAAGCUAGAGAGAUAGCCCAUUUGUCAGAGGUAGCACUAAAGCAAAGAAUGGCCCUGCGCUACAACACCAAAGUACUCAGGAGAUAA